AUGAAUGCCACAUGGCGCUUGUUGACGCUUUUGAGUGUGGUGUGCUACACUGAGUCCAGGUGCUCUCCGACCUCUUAUUACAAAAACUGUUGGAUCCGUCGCUUCCCGGGGAUUUACAUCGAUGUAGAGGAGUCCCUGAGACGAGGCGCGCAGUUACUCAGGUUUUAUCAAGAGGACACUGCGCUCAAGUGUAGCCGGACCUGCUGCCUGACAAGGAACUUUUCUUGUAAUUUAGCAAUUUUCCAUUACGAUGCAAUUCAAGAAAGCGUGAACUGCUUCCACCUGCACUGCCCCACUUUGGAGAGCUGUAUACUGAGCCACAGGGGCAACGUGGUCCUCUACAACAUCACCAAAGGAGUGGAUCCAGACCUGUUAGUGUUUGGUAAAUAUUUCAACACUAAUGUGCGUGUGUUACCGCAUCACUACAUCCGCUCCAAUGCCUCAGACCCUCUGCCUCCGGACAAGAGGCAGUUCAUCCACCCUCGCCCUCGCCCUCUCCCACCAGCUCCUGCUCCUCAGCCCAGCUCUACAACGACCUCCAAAACAACACUCACCACAGCCAAUAGGAGAGAACAACCCAACAUGGAAACAAGUACAGAACCUUCUGGGAUAGAACCUUCAAUCAUGGUAACUACAACAGAAUCCACUAACAAAGCAUCAAGGUCCGAGACAAGUGGGAUAAAACAUUCCAACAUGGCAACUGGUACACAUCAGGAAUUUUCAUUUUUUUCCACUACCAUACCCGCAAUUCCACCCACUGCCCCCACAUUUAAAAUUCAGACUUCAUCCAGCUCCGAUAGCCAUGCUAAUAGAUUUUCAACCACAUUAACUCAUCCUCUUUUAUCAAAUAUGGCUUCUGGAGCCUCUACAGAAUCUCCCAACCCUUCUACCACCACCGUCAGCCCUGCAAUAUCCAGCAGCGAUGCACCGGCCAACAUAGAGAGCAGCAAACACAAAACCAAUGACACCAAAGGGAGCCUGGGGAGGAAUCACAGUGCGGUCAGUGAGGAUGGCCAGGCCUCCGCAGGUGGUGUGGGGGGUGACCCAUGGGGUGAGCUGGGGCCUGGUUGGCAUGUGGCCACCCACACGGUGCUGGUAGCAGUGGCCAUAUGUGUGACUGUGCUGCUGGGGUGCUGCUGCUCUGUGGUCCUGGUGUUCAGCUGGAGGGGGCACAGGAAGAGGAUGGGCCGAUACCGGACAGCAUGGAGAGGGAAGAAAGGCUCCAUGCGCCUCAUUAAGUAUGUCCUGGUUAAAGAGAACUCCUGA